GUAGGUGUGUUUCUUUCCGUGCAACAACAAAGUCCAGGCCUCAAAUCCCUCAAAUCAUCUCUUUGUUCCUGGUGAGAACAAAGAAUACGGAUACCCCUUAUCCUUGAGCCACCAAUCCCAAUUCAUUUUCCAAGUAUUACCAUUGCCCACUUCGUCUUUGUUAUGGUGGCUUCGCAGCCACGAGAUCUUACUCACAAAGCAUAUUACUUACCAAUUUCGAGUCAUCAUGUUCGAUCAACAUUGCCAUCAGCACGAUGUUUCUCUAUCUCUCACGUUUAAGAGCAACGCUCGAAACAUACUUUUUAAUCACGAUUUACCACUCGAAUAAUGGCAUCCAUCAACACAAAUCGUGAGACUGCCGGCCAGUUCUCCGACCUAAAGCGUCGCACUUUUGGUGUAGAAUGCGAAUUCAUCGGACUCAUUCCAACGAAGAGCCCCCUAGAUGCGACUCAAUACACUUGCGAGAUCCUGCAGAAAAAGGUCACACUGCCUUGUAAAAACAAGUGUGCGCAGGGCGUUCACAGCUGGUAUCUACCCGUUCAGGACGAGGCGUCGGAAAGUAAAGCCCCUGGAACCUCAGCAUUUUCAGCAUGGGACGUUCAAAAAGACAUAUCGAUCCAUCUCAGUGAUGGCGAGUACCUGGCGUAUAGGGGUGCUGAGGAAUUCACUGAUGUCGGUCAAGUGGAGCUUGUGUCUCGUGUGCUUAACUUUGACUCUCCCACACCAUGCGCACGCGGACAGAAGUACCCAUGUACUGGAGAGCUCUUCGAGUGGGAGUGGAGGGACGAACUACAGGCAAUCUUCGGCGCUUUGCGUGAAGGAUUCAAUAGGCCAGGGUACCGUGCCUUGAUCAAUGCUUCUACAGGGCUCCACGUUCAUCUUGAUAAUGGUUCUCUCGGCUUUCCUCUGGAUGUUGUCAAGGAUAUCACUGGCACCUUUAUCGCUUUGGAGCGAUGUUGCGAUUCGAUCAUGCCCCUGAGUCGUAUCAUAGGAUACUAUAAGCAACCGCUGUGUGGCAUGAACCAGAAGGGACUUACCUACCAUCCUGCAGAUCACGAGCACGAAUUUGGACAUGGGUAUCUUGAAUCGAUGACAGAAACCAUGCACAGGCAUAUUGAUGGCUUGAUCACCGAACAGUGAUGCUCCGUCAGCCUGGGCUACAGAGGUGGCAAAAGGAUGGGAUAUAGUAGAGCCUUCGAAAUGGUUCAAUAUCGCCCAGGAUAUCCCGGUACAAGGUACAUGGGACC